CCUGAGUCAGCUCCAUCUCCACCUGAGCCAAAUCAAACCUGAGGCAGGAGCGGAAACUCAGUUCCUCAAGGCCUGUAGCCAGGUGAUGGAGGACGAGGAGAAGGCAGUGGAGAUUGUGUUGAGCAACAUGGCAGCUGCUCAUUCUCCAUCCCCCAUCCGCUGCUGCAGGCUCCGCCUCCGCUGCUUGGCAGCUACUAGCAUUAUCUGUGGCUGCUCUUGCCUGGGAGUCAUGGCCCUUGUGUUUGCCAUCAAGGCAGAAGAGCGACAUAAGGCAGGCCGAUUCGAGGAGGCAGUGCACUGGGGGGCCCGGUCCCGGAGGCUCAUCCUGGCCAGCUUUGCUGUCUGGCUUGCUGUCCUCAUUCUGUCCCCUGUGCUGCUGUGGCUGCUUUCCUACACCAUCGCUCAGGCUGAGUGACCCUGGGUGGCCUGUGCCGAGAGUCAGCUGAGACAUGCUGGAUCCAACAGUGCAACAUUGCUAAGUUCUGGGGACAGCAAUGGUCCUUCCUGGCUGGAAGGAUGGGGCCUCUCUUAAGGGCCCUUGGAAGAGCUCUUCUAGCCUUUUAUAACAAGAGCUAAGACUGGGGAGGGGCGAUCAGCUGGCUGUUUCAAUGCCCUCCACCUUCCCUCUGUCCUACACCACUCCAUCCUAGGGGCCUCCACCCAGAGAAGGGGGCUGAAGACCAGGCCUAGUUUUAUUAGAAUUUGUUUUAUAAUAAAAACCUCUUUUGGUGUUGAAA